GGGGGGAGGUAGGAACGGACGGAGAUCAAAUUCAUUUCUGCUAGUGAAGGCACAGCAGAUUGCAAAAGCAUAACCUGACGCAAAUGGACCCAGGGCACGCAUGGCUAUCAAAUGGAUUACUUUAAUAAAAUGAACUACAAAUGAACUACAACACCUCAAGGAGAGUACACUCAGCAGGCAAAGGACUAACAAAGAGCUCCCUAAAGAACUUUUUGUUAACACUGACCAACACCUGACUCUGAUGAAGAGUGAUUUUUAUUCCUGUGCUGCCUAAUUCAUUCAGGAUUCAGCUGAGGCUAAAAGGAGAGACAUGGAUUGAGAAGAAUUAAUUUGGGUAAAAUUAAGCGACAUAUAACAGAAAUGCACCACUGAAGUAGAACAAUCGCAAAGACAAGAGCAAAGCCAACAGAAAAGGACACGCGUGAGAAUGCUUACCAUGCACUGACAACAAGGAAUGGAAAGCAUCAGUUUGGAAACGGACUGGGAUAGGUUAGGCCUCUCCGCUCUGGGCCCCACAGGAAGAAACAACUUCUCUUCCUCGUUUAUUUCUGAACUGAACUCAUUCAACACGUCUCACAGUGGGGGAUCCUUCUUUGGCAUCUUUCCCGAGAAUGGCUCCAAUAGCACACCUCGCACCCUUCCCCAGCCCAGGGUGAGGGAUAUCGGCUUGGCCCGGGCUGAGAUUGCAGUGCUUGCCGUGGUGCUGGCUCUUACCACCUUGGGGAACAGCUUUGUGUUGUGGGUGCUUCUGAGGCGGAGGAAGCACAACGCACCGAUGCACAUAUUCAUGGUCAACCUGUGUGUGGCUGACCUGGUGGUGGCUUUCUUUCAGGUUCUUCCUCAGCUAAUAUGGGACAUUACAGAGAGGUUUCAAGGGCCGGAUUUGCUAUGCCGGUCCAUCAAGUACUUGCAGAUUGUUGGCAUGUUUGCUUCCUCCUAUAUGAUAGUUGCCAUGACAGUAGACCGGCACCAUGCCAUCUGCUGCCCGUUGCAGGCCUACCGAGGGGGCACAGUGUCCCGCUGGAACACUCCUGUCAUGGUGGCCUGGGGCCUGGCACUGAUCCUCAGCAUACCGCAGGUGUUCAUCUUCUCUCGCUCAGAAGUGGCUCCCGGUGAGUUCGAGUGCUGGGGUCACUUUGCUGAGCUGUGGGGGCUGAAAGCCUACGUCACCUGGAUGACGGUAACUGUCUUCCUCCUGCCCGCCCUCAUCAUCACCAUCUGUCAGAUAAGAAUCUUCCGCGAGAUUCACAACAACAUCUACCUGAAGUCAGAGAGGAUGGUGAUGGCUGAGAUGAAGAAAAACGAAAUCCUCUUCCGCUUUCACAGCUUUAGGAAGGAGGACGAGCGAUCCAGAGAGAGGGGGAGACGGGCGUCUGGAGGAGGAGGCUGGGACGGAAGAGGAGGACAACUCUUAAAGGUUGCAAAUAACAACCCCCACAAUAACACACCCAACAGCCAAGUGGGAGAAUGUUAUGACUAUGUACCACCUGAUAUUCAGUGUAACAGUUGCCACGGGGAACAUGUGACAACAACAAGAACAACAGCGCAUCAGCAAACAGUGAACGGCUCAGAUUGCCAGGAGCCCUACACCAACUCUCCCCGCUGCUCCCUUGAUUAUGCUCCCCCUCACCGCCCCGCCACCCCACCUCCAAGUAUCACUAAAGCCAUGUCAAAGACGGUGAGGAUGACCCUGGUCAUUGUGCUGGUGUAUACUAUCUGCUGGUCACCUUUCUUCAUUGUCCAGCUGUGGGCAGCCUGGGAUCCAGACCCUCCAGACCAAGGAGUGGCCUUCACUAUCCUGAUGCUGCUGGCCAGUCUGAACUCGUGCACCAACCCAUGGAUCUACACGGCUUUCUCCAGCAGCGUGUCAAGAGAGCUGCAAAAUCUGCUCCACUGUGGGUCAAGAUCUGGACGACGGGGCUCCCUGCCUGACGACUCUACCACCACACACACCUCCACCACCAAGGACAGCCUGUACUGACAAAGACUGAUGAGCUGGAGAGCGAGACACACAGAGACAUGCUCGAAAGGCAUGCAUGCGUGCACACGCGCCCACUGCAAGGACGUACUUUUGCACACAACUCUGCUGAUGUCACCGCCUCCAGCGCCGCAGCCUGAGAACGCACUGUGACGACCUCCACCAGAUGUUUUCAGCAUCAAAGGACAGCUGUCUUCUCACCAGGACUUCUAUUUGUAAUCACCUGUGUUACUCGCCCCAGCAGUAAGGACGGCUGUCACUGAAGAUGUCAGCACCAUUCAUAACACAGUGUUUCGGUGGAUCUGUGGGGUGAAAUGGACUGGAAGGUGAAAACAUUUUCACCUCAGUAGCUGUUGAACAGAACUGUGGACAGUCUCUUACUCUGCUCGGAUACAGUAGAGCAGCAGGAAUGCAAGGGGUGGAUUGCUACAUUAAUGGCACGCCUAAUGUAUAAAGCAGCAGACAAAACUAUGGGUGCAGAGAAAACCAAGCUGGAGGGAAGAGAAAAGAAGCACAUGCAGACAGUACACGAGAAUAAGACUGCAGGAGAACAGACAGGGGAUGUCAUGGAUGUUACAGCAGUGGUCCCAGGAGGACUGUAGUUGAAAUCUAAUAACGUGAUCAAACUUUGUUAUUCCACAGAAAGAAAGAAAGGAUUAGAGACGGAUGCUUGAGGCAAAGACGGAAUUCACGUCCAGGAUCCAACAAUAGUGAUUUGUUAGCAAGAUGGGCUUAAGAUUCACUCCUGAGGACGGUGCAGCAGAAGGAAAGCACCGCACAACAAAAUAAACCUGGUUUUCCUUGCUCAACUGGGACACAAUUAUGUGACUGUAUUUUAUACAUAUGAGGCACAUAAAAGAACCUUCCCGUCAUGCUUUUCGGAAAGUAUGAAACGAGAACACAGCACAGAAGAAACUCAUGAGAAGUAUUUAUCAGCAUUCCGUGUAUCGUGAUCAACGUUGUAAAGUAUAUUUAUUGAAGAGAAUGUUACAUUUUGUGCUAGAUAAAAGCUGAAUGUUGCAAUGGUCUGAGGUACAGUGUAGUUAAAAAAGAAGGAAGAAAGAAAACAAGCGGUGUCAAACCAAAGAUUGCUUUUUAAAAGCUCGACUUUAAAGUCUUAUCAGUAGACAUAUUCCAACCUACAUGUUAGCGUACAUCUAGAAACAAUUACUAUUUAAGAAAACACUUCACAUGAAUAUUGCAAAUACUCCAAGUCCAAACCAAGUGCCUGUAAUGUCAGUAGACAUUUUUAGAGGGGGCCUCCCUCACUGGAUUAAUCUGUAAAUGAUGUCAGCCAAGUUAUUUUUAGACAGAGCAUACCUCCAGAGCAGGGAUCAUAGGAUAUGUUAUAUCACACCAUGAGCCAUGUGUUCUUUAAUCUCUUUAUUUAUUUAUUGUUGUGUAAAUGAAAAUGUACACACAAAUAUAUAUAUAUUUAAUGUAUACUUAGAUAGUAUAUAGGUAUAUUAUUCCCUGUUUCUGCCUUCCAGGUACAGUUUUUAUAAUAUUGCAUUUUAUUCUGUGCACAGAGUAAAGUAUUAUGGCCCUCAGCUGCAUGACACACUUAAAUAUUCUAAUGGUAUGUUUUUACAAUAGCAUAAUUAUAUAAGCUACUGUACAUACAGGAAAUGUGAUAACAUUGUGUGUAUUUGAUCAGUCUAUCCAUUAGAUGCUGUUGAAAAUAAUCUUUUUUUUUAAUGAUGUGCACUCACAGUGAGACACUUUGGUGCAUCUUUCUUUUUCGUGAGAGAACAGUGUUGUUCGAGUCUGCAGGACAAUACCGGCAUGCUUUCAAGGUAUCUCAAGAGUACUUGUCUGGGUCGAAGGAGAAGCCUCACCUUUUCCUCUGCGUGGCCGUGGUGUUUGGGUUUACAGCACGCCACUGCAAACUUGUUCCCCAGACACAGGCCUCUGCUUUGAUUAUCAGCCAAAUGAAACUCUGCAGCAACAAUGUCCCGUGUCUCACUUUGUUAUAUCAGGAAAUAGAUGAACUUCUCCCAAACCUUCAGGGUGUUCAUGUAUUUUUCUCUCUCCCAAGCAGGAAGUUGAGAGGUCAGAGGAUGAUUCUUCCACGCAAAGAACCAAACCUCAGUUUCAUCCAGCCUUUCAGAUUGAUGGGAGAGGCCGAACACUCCUCAGCUGUGCAUUGUGCUUUCUGUACAGCCAUUAGUGAGCAUUAAAACGGCUAAAUAAUAAAUGCACUUCAACUGACUGAGAAGCAGAUAGCACGAACACCUUUAAAUAUCCCCUAAAAAUAGACCCAUCAUCAGACAGAAUUUCCUAUAGAGUCAGUUUAGUUUCCUGAGUAGUCCUAUAAAAGACUUGGCAUUUCCUAUUUUUCACUGAAACAGCCACCACCAUCUCUCUCUUGUCAGAGCAUAUGAUAGAUGGUCUAACUGGUAGGUCACUGCUGUUUUUAUAAUCUUGCAGUGUGUGUGUGUGUAUAUUUAUGCUGAAUGCCCUAAUGCUCACGGUUUCCAUGCAGAAGCAUGGGUGACGGCUAAACUCAAGGUCACUUCUUCAUUACAGUUAGGGCAGCACUUCCUUCCAGCCGUGUGGCUGCAAUGGGGUAUAAAAGAAAUAAAUUACCCCUCAGGGAGCCUGUCACAAGGGCAGGAAAACAGGGCAAGUUCCGUCUUCAAAUCAAUUUAAAUUCAGCCAAGGAGUGCAACCAGUGGCUCUGAAGAAUGACUGAGACCCCCAGCCUUCACCACAGCUGGUAUAAAUCAGACCUGGAGCCAGGACUUUAACCAUACUGAGCAAUGCGUCUGCAUUGCUUAACCCAAGACCCCUCUGCAGACCUAAUGAUGGCCGAGGCUCAUUCCAAGACACCAGGAGGCCCAACUGGCCCAGAUCGACUCCUGUGUCUGCGUUAGGAAAGAGCAUCAUACUUUAUUAUCAGAGGAAGCAAGAGAAGCAGGCUCCCCAAUUUAUCUUGUCUUCUCACAAAAGGGUUUCAUUUUGCUCUUUUUCUCUAUCUUAAAUGUUUUAACACCAAGAGGAUGUUUAUAUGCUCUUAGCCUUAAAACAGAUGGUAAACUAUUUGGUGGAGUUUGUUUUGUUUUCCACAUAAAAUUUAUCUGCAUUUACUGUUUCAGCUUACAGAGAAGGGGGCAGUUAAAUGCGGCUUUUUCCAAGGGCAUUUUUUCUUUGUUUGCUAAAUAUAGCCACACUUUUAUUCUAUUGGCAGCAAUUAUGAUUCCUUAGUCUGUAAGUGUUUACUGAUUUAAAAGACGUUCUUUCUCCGAGAGCCAGAGGGAUCAAGGUUAGCUUUUUUUUUUUAUCGCUUUCAGCCAUCUUGUUUUCAUUACUUUGGGCACGGUUGUGCGCACACCUCACCUGCAACAUUGCUUUCUUAAUAGUACAAACAGGCAUGUGCAUGGUGUCUGAUAAAAUGGCAUCUACAAAUAUUUUACAGGAGCUUGUUCAACACGCUUCCACGACAUUUAUGCACUUAGAUAUGAUUUGUUGUUAUGAGUCUCUUCACCAAUGUUCCCUCUAAUUUUUCAUGUUUCUGAGCGAA